AUGAACUCCAACGGCCGAAGCGCUUCGGGCAGCUCCCCAGACCAAACUCGGUCAUACCAUGUCGACAAUGCUCCCCACAUGCCCGCGCGGAGCUCCGAUUUCCAGACUAGGCUGGAGAUCUUUUCCACCAAGAUACCCAAUUUCUACAUCGCACCUUUCUGCGGAGCCAGCGCUGGCGUGGCUUCCGGUAUUGUCACAUGCCCUCUCGAUGUCAUCAAAACAAAGCUACAAGCCCAGGGCGGGUUUCGGCGAGGGGGAGCACAAGAGGUUGCCUCCGGAGCACUGUACCGUGGAAUGCUCGGCAGCGGUAGGAGGAUUUGGCGGGAAGAUGGUAUUCGCGGUCUCUACCAAGGACUUGGUCCAAUGUUACUUGGAUACCUCCCCACCUGGGCUGUUUAUCUAGCGGUUUACGAUCGCAGUCGUGAAUAUUUCUAUGAUUCAACAGGAAGCUGGUGGUUAUCCCGCGGCUAUGCCUCGAUCACUGCGGGCGCAUGCUCCACGAUUGUUACGAAUCCCAUAUGGGUUAUCAAAACAAGACUCAUGUCGCAAAGUUUGAAACAAAACAGCGAAGGAGUCCGGGCCCCAUGGCAAUACUCAGGCACAUGGGAUGCUGCUCGCAAGAUGUAUCAAAUUGAAGGUAUUCGAUCCUUUUACUCCGGUCUCACUCCAGCAUUACUGGGGUUGACACAUGUGGCAAUCCAAUUCCCACUCUACGAAUACUUGAAAAUGGCAUUCACCGGCUACGGCAUCGGCGAACAUCCCGAUACUGGCAGUUCACACUGGAUUGGAAUCUCAGUUGCUACAUUCCUGAGCAAAAUCUGCGCAAGCACAAUCACAUACCCCCAUGAGGUCCUACGCACCCGACUUCAAACUCAGCAGCGGACGGCCCCAGCACCAUCCCCCGAGCAAAUUGCUUUCCGCGGCGGAUUGAACCAUCCGCAUGAUCGCGGCCGCUCUGGGGGUAUUUCUUCAUCUGACGGAAUGCGCAGUCGCCCACGCUACAAUGGUAUGAUUCGCACGUUCCAGACAAUCCUUCAAGAAGAGGGUUGGCGUGCAUUCUAUGCAGGGAUCGGCACGAACUUGUUCCGGGCUAUCCCGGCGGCUAUGACGACUAUGCUCACAUACGAAUAUUUGCGGAAGCAGAUCAAUACCUACCAACAUGAGGGAACGUUGAAAUUACAGAUGGAAGCCGAAGCUCAGCUCUCUAUUUGA